UUUAAAUCACGGCUCCAUUGCCGGUUGUUCUGGAUUCAGGGUCAUUCGCGUGGACCCCUAACCCCCCCACCUUCACCCCAUCCUCACUCCACGCAAAUCGGCGCACAUACUGUGUAUACUGGGAGAGACUUUACAUCGGCAAAUAUUUUGUGAACAGGGAGUUCAGACAGGCUGCGGAAUCCCCGUCUCUUGGAAACCGUCUUUAAAUGAUAAGAGCCCAGGGCAUCCGGGUGUACCGGCGGAGAGGUGCGAUCCGCCUAGAGCUCGCGAGUCUAGACGCGGUUGGAAGGUCUCGGUCGGGAGCCACCCACUAGGAGUUCCCGGCCACGGGCCAGGUCGUGGGGUCGCUCGCAUCGAAAGACUCAUCAAAGCCUCGCCGGCGUGAGUCAGCGCUGCCCCCGGGGCCCUCCGCCCCUUGGGGGCGAGUCGUGUUGCCGAGUGGUUGAGAGCAGGGCCGGAGAAACUGGGCCAGCUGCACUUUUAGCUCGAGGGGCCUCGAGGACUCUCCGCGUCUUUGGAGACAAGGGCACUACACGCACUUCAGAAUGAAGAGUUUCUAUCCCCCAGCACCCUGGGGAAAGAGAACUUCGUGGUCCGCAGCGGAGCCGCACGCCAGAAUUGGGAAGUGAAACGAAUGGAGGCCGGGCCUUCAUCGCCCCCUUCCCAGGCGGGAGCAUGCUGGGGCUCUGCGGGCCGCGGCUCCCCCAGGCGGGCAUCCUGCCCCUGUUGCUGUUGCUGCCGCUGCUGCUGCUGUCCACAGCCCCAGCGUCCCAUGGCGCUUCCUACAAGCCGGUCAUCGUGGUGCACGGGCUCUUUGACAGCUCAUACAGCUUCCGCCACCUGCUGGAAUAUAUCAACGAGACGCACCCGGGGACUGUGGUGACGGUGCUGGAUCUCUUCGAUGGGAGAGAGAGCUUGCGGCCCCUGUGGGAACAAGUGCAAGGGUUCAGAGAGGCAGUGGCCCCCAUCAUGGCAAAGGCCCCUGAAGGAGUGCAUCUCCUCUGCUACUCACAGGGGGGCCUGGUGUGCCGGGCGCUGCUAUCUGUCAUGGAUGAUCACAAUGUGGAUUCUUUCAUCUCUCUCUCCUCUCCACAAAUGGGACAGUAUGGAGACACGGACUAUUUGAAAUGGCUCUUCCCCACCUCCAUGAGGUCUAACCUUUACCGGAUCUGCUAUAGCCCCUGGGGCCAGGAAUUCUCCAUCUGCAACUACUGGCAUGACCCCCACCAUGAUGACUUGUACCUCAAUGCCAGCAGCUUCCUUGCUCUGAUCAAUGGGGAGAGAGACCAUCCCAAUGCCACUGCAUGGCGGAAGAACUUUCUUCGUGUGGGCCGCCUUGUGCUAAUUGGGGGCCCAGAUGAUGGUGUUAUUACUCCCUGGCAAUCCAGCUUCUUUGGUUUCUAUGAUGCAAAUGAGACUGUCUUGGAGAUGGAGGAGCAACUGGUUUAUCUGCGUGAUUCUUUUGGGCUGAAGACGCUCUUGGCCCGGGGGGCCAUAGUAAGGUGUCCGAUGGCUGGGAUCUCCCACACGACCUGGCACUCCAACCGUACCCUCUAUGAGACCUGCAUUGAACCUUGGCUCUCCUGAGGACA